AUGUCCAAAAAAUAUUCGAAACAACAACUUCUUGAAGCGUUAAAGAGUGGUUAUGAUUCGAAAACAACAGGUAAAAAAUUUAAUGUACCUGCAAGUACAAUACGCCGCCAUCGACGUAACCAUUCAUUGAAAGCUGAUGGCGGUCGGCAAACUUAUCUAACAAGUGAUGAAGAAGCAUAUUUUGUUUCAAUUCUCCAACUGCUUCCUGACUUCGGUCUUAAUGUAUCAAGUGAAACUACGUUACAAUUAGCAAAUGAUUAUUGUCAAUCAUUGGGAUUAUCACAUCAUCCAGGUGAGAAGUGGCUUCGAUUAUUCAGGAAAAAGCACACAAAUGAUAUAAUAUGGAAACGAGAACAAAGAAUGGAACGGUUUCGGGCUGAAGCACUUAAGGGAAAAUGCAACUGGGUUAUUGUCAAUUCAAAUCGUCGUCAUACUCUUGAGUCUGGUGGAGGAACAGGAAAAAAUUAUUUUAUAGUCUUAAUUGCAAUUAAUGUUGAUAGCUUUGUGCUUAUCCCAUUUGUAAUUUAUGGCGGACAACAUUUGAUGAACAGUUGGUGUUGUGGAGAGCCACCUGGAACAGUUUACGGUAUUACAGAUAAAACAAUUGUUGAUGAUGAUAUUCCAUUAUCUUUGUAUGCUGCAUCAUACGUCGAUCUUCAACCAUAUCCAAUGGAUCUUGCUGCUGAACCAACAAUACCAAAAAAUACAUAUGAUGCGUUGUGA